UACGUGGAGAAUUGACAGGAGACAGGGUUGGGAGCUAAGCUCGCACCGUACUCGUAUAUAGGAAGUGCAUUGGCAUUUGAGUUUGUGUCAGGGAAGGAGGGAGCUUAGCCUGGAAAAAUGUCGUCAGCACUUGAACAAAUUCUUCUGAAACUUCUUGUGCCUGACAAUGUGGUAAUACAACAGGGCACAGAAGAACUGAAGCAAGCUUUGAAGAGCCCUGGCGUUGUGCCAGAGCUAUGUUCUGUCCUUACGACGUCUCAAAACCCACAGGUUCGACAAUUUGCAGCUGUGCUUCUGAGACGGCUGGUCCGAAGAUGGAAAAAAUUCUCUCCAGAUUUCCACAUUAGCCUGAAGCAAAUAUCAUUGCAAGUUUUGCAGCAUGAAAAUGAGAGAGUCGUUCGUAAUAGCGUGGCACAGCUGGCUGCGGCAAUCGCACGCUAUGAGCUUGCUGAUCAGAAAUGGCCAGAGAUUCUACAGUACAUUCAGGAAGGUGCCACCAAUCCAAACCCACAACAGAGGGAGCUUUCGAGUCUUCUCCUGAGUUGCAUCGUGAGUACGUCCGCCAACCAUCUGCGACCUUUCUACAAGGGACUCUUCCACAUGUUUGAUACUAUGCUUGUAGACACUCAGAGUAAAAAUGUUCCCUUCUAUGCAGUGAAGACUAUGACAGCCUUGGUUCACUACACAGGAACAGAUGAAAUACCCCUGUUCAGACCACUGAUACCAAAGGUUUUAGCAGUCAUUGAUGAGUUGCUGGUCAGAGAUGAAGACCAGGGAUGCGAGGCCAUGGAGGUCUUCGAUGAACUUGUCGAGUGUGAAGUAUCCAUCAUCGUACCCCAUCUCAAAAGUGUUCUAGAGUUCUGCUGCCAAGUAGCCAGUAACGGAAACCUUGGCAACAAUGCCCGUGUCAAAGCCCUGUCUUUCAUCAGCUGGUUAACGAAGUUAAAAAAGAAGACUAUCUUGAAGAACAAAUUAGUCAUGCCUAUUUUGAAUAUUCUUUUCCCGAUUAUGUGUGAGCCAACUAGUAAAGAAGAGGAGGAUGAAGAAGAGGAUGACAAUGGGGAGGAGGUAGAGUCUUCUUCACCAUCAUCAUAUGCUGCACAGGUCUUAGACACAAUGGCAUUACAUCUUCCACCAGAUAAGCUAGUCCCCCAUCUGCUGCAGUUAGUACAGCCAGCCUUGGAGAGUGAAGACCCUUAUCAUAAAAAGGCUGGACUCGUGAGUCUAGCUGUCUUGGCAGAGGGUUGUGCAGAUUAUGUUUGUAAAAAACACCUUGAACAGUUCUUGGAGAGCAUCUGUAAUGGCAUUCGUGACACCAGACCUCUAGUCUAUAACGCGGGCCUGUUUGCACUGGGUCAGUUCUCGGAACAUCUCCAGCCUGAGAUAUCACGCUACCACAAUCAGCUCCUCCCCCUUCUGUUCGGUUACCUUGCCCAGACGUCAUCCCAGAAUGCUGAGCAGAGGCCAAAGGGCAUCACAAGGAUAUACUAUGCCCUUGAAAUGUUCUGUGAGAAUCUAGGCACGGAACUGGUUCCAUAUCUACCUACCUUAAUGGAACACUUACUAACAAUGCUGCAUAAUGCACAAGAUGUCCACAUCAGUGAACUAGCCAUUAGCGCCAUUGGUGCUGCUGGAAAUGCCGCAUCUGAGCACAUGUUACCUUUCUUUCAUCCUAUCAUGGAGCAGCUGAAACAUUAUCUAACAAACGUCCACUCGGGAGACUCACUUAUACUCCAGAUACAAUCAAUAGAUACUUUGGGUGUUCUAGCAAGAAAGAUUGGUAAAGAGAACUUCAUGCCCUUGACAGAAGAGUGUAUACUACUUGGUCUCAAACUUAUAGACCAGGUCAAUGACCCCGAUCUUAGAAGAUGCACCUAUAAUCUCUUUGCAUCUAUUGCAUCCGUCCUUGAAGAGAACAUGUCAAACCAUCUUCCUGCUAUUACCCAACUCAUGCUAGACUCAUUAAGAUCGACAGAUGGAGUUGUACCCCACUUCGACGAGGAAGAGAGUCGAGUGCAGAGUCUGUUUGAGGAUAUCAAUGGUAAUGGUACAGAGGGCGAAGAAGAUUUUUCAGAUACGGAGGAUGAAGACGAAGAUGAUGAUGAAAUCCAAGGGUACAAUGUAGAAAAUUCAUACUUAGAAGAAAAGGAAGAUACCUGUAAUGCUAUGGCAGAGGUCGCACUUCACACAAAGGCAGCUUUUCUCCCAUUUAUAGAGGAAUGCUAUAAUGAGGUGUAUCGGCUGAUGGACUACCCAGCCCCUGGUAUCCGCAAGGCUGCAACUGUGUGUUCAGGUCAGCUCUGCUGUACUCUAGGACAAUGUGGAAAUAUGACUGUGUCAUCACAAGCAGAUGUGCUAUCCGAGAUGCUAGAGCAGGUUGUGCCUCACUUUGUGGAGAACAUCGACUCGGAUAGUGAGAGGUCGGUUGUCAUAACAACGCUGGAAGGGAUGAAGGAGUUACUGGAAGCCAUUGGUCCGGAGGUUGUCAAACAUCCAGAGUUCUUCACCGCUAUCACAGGGUCAAUCAAGAACGUUCUACAACAGAAGACUGCUUGCCAGGAUGAAGAUGAGGAGGAGGAAGAGGAAGACGAGGGUGAGCAGGCAGAGAAGGAUGCGAUCCUCGUGGAAUGCGCUGGUGAUCUCAUCCCGACCAUCAUCAAGGCAUUGGAUGGCAAGCAAGACGUAGCGGUCUCCUUGGUUACCGAGAUGCUUCCAUUACUGGUUUCCAGGACGAAAAAGAGCUGUCCUUCAUCGGACAAAUCAUUUGCUUCUGGUAUCCUUGCUGAGACUGUGUGUGCCAUGAAGGGAGGAAUUGCUCCCUUUGCCGAAACCUUCUUGACUAUCUUCAUCCGUCUCACCCAGGAUAGCGACGAGGAAGUAAGGAGCAACGCUGUCUUUGGUCUGGGUGUCCUGGCUGAACAUGGCAAAGAUAUAAUCUACCAACAUUUUUCCAGUAUUCUUCGUAUCCUAUCAGACGUAAUGGGACGGGAAGCCAAUGGACGUGUUAUUGAUAAUGUGUGUGCCAGUGUGUGUCGUCUCAUCACAGCCAACCAUACUCUAGUUCCCGUUGACCAGUUGGUGCCGACACUCCUGAAGUACCUCCCUCUCCGUGAGGACAUGGAGGAGAACUCUACGGUCUAUUCUUGCCUUGGAAAGCUGUAUGAAGCCAGUCAGGUCACCUUAGUCCAGUCUCUCCCACAACUCCUCAACAUCUAUGCACAGGCGCUAACCACCCAGGAAGUCAGCGAAGAAGUAAGACUGACCAUGGUUCAUACCCUUCAGCUUGCAAAGAGCAAGCAACCGGAUGAGUUCAGUUCCAGCGUAUCGACCCUCCCACCAGAAGUCGUCAAUCUUCUUAGUAACCUCCUCAUGCAAGCAACUUAAAGAUGAUCCUUCUUCAUUUAUACAUAUCGCAUUGUGUAAUUACGCAUUCGAUUAUCGAAAUACAACGCACACAAUGAUCAAUACAAUGCAAUGCGCAACAUAGAGCGUAGUGAUGAGGUCAUGAAGAGCUAUAUGCAAGUCGCAUUUCUAUGAUCAAACUGAUCUUAUGUAGUGAGACCCCAUUGUGAUAAAAGUGAGGUGAUUUGCACAAUCACCUUGUAUUUAUGGGGGAGAGUAGGUAAUGAUAAUUAUAUUGGAUGGCUUUAUUUCAUGGAAUACCAAUAGUGUUCUACUCAUUGGGGCAAAUGUUGCACUUGUCUCUCAAUUCAUGGAAUAUUUCCCCAAACUCUUGGAAUGUCUCUGUUGUCCCAUUCUGAGCCAUCCAAUAUGAUGUAAUUUUAUUCUAUUGGACUUCAGUAAUGAUCAAGGUUUCAAAACUUCUGCAAUGUCUCUUUCUAUCAUUAAAGCAAAUGAAAGUCCAGGCAAAACAAUGACAAUUAGUCCAAAUGGUCCUAUACGGCUGUAAUGAAUGUACCAAGUGAUACCAGUUAGUAAAGAAUUUGCAUUUAAUCAAAAUAACUCUAUUACACUUGUUGGUUAUAGACACAGGGUUCUUUAUACCACAUUUUAAAAAAAUAUCAUUCCCUUUCGAAAUGCAAGUGGAAAUAUAGAAAUGUAAAAACAUGAUUUGAUAUUUUCUAUCUUUCUUUUUCUAAUCAAAUGACAGUGACUUUCCUUGCAAAUAUGUGUGUGGAAAGUACCAUAGAGUAAACAUGCUAUUUGGGUAGGUGAAUUGUGAACAAUGAGUGGUGGAACCAGGCAGGGCGGCAAGAUGCACACGCCCCCCUUAUAUUUUGAGAAUUUCCCCGUCAAACAUACAUACAUUAAUUAAAUGAUAUAGCUAAAUCUAAGAGAUUUGCAAUUUCCGCCCUCUCUAUUUCAAAAUCCUGGAUCCAUCUCUGUCAUUGCUUUGUAUACAAAUUACAAGUACGCAAACAUUUUGAUGUGGGAUUGGGUGAGUGUGUAUGAGUGUGUGUGUGUGUGUGUAUGAAUGCUUUCUUCCGAAGUAAAGAUGUCAUUAUUUAUGCAUGUGCAAUAUAAUAGAUACUAGAUGGUGUAUUACAUGUAGGUUAAAUGCCAGUUUCAGUGAGUUGAACGUUUAUCUGUGAUUCAAAAAUAUUUCAGGAUUGCUACUUGAGUACUUGCCCGGUAUUAGCUAUUGUUCAUGUAAAGUGGAUGAGUGUCCAGUCUUUGAACCACACGGUCCAGGGUUCAAAUCCGAGCUCGGGACUUGCAUCCUUAAGCAUUCAUUUGCCCUUUUGUAAAUAGAUUAAAAAUAAAAUGGUAUUACAUAAAACAAGUCUGAAAAAAAUUGCCUCAUUAUGGGUGACCUUUUUUACUUUCAGGUUAAUUCAUAAAUGCAUUUACAAUGAUGAUAUGUGUGACACUGCAUAAAACAGCAAGUGAAUAGUGUGGGGUAUAAAAGGGAUGGAUAGUAUGCCCAAAUCAAAUGCAGAGCUUGUAGACCACUUCGGUUUGAAAACAUGAAUUUGGAACCACACAAGUGGGCAUUAUUAUCAUUAUUACUUUAGAUAUGAUAUGUAGGGCAAGUACUCAAGUUGAUUCCCCCUACUUUCAACAUCAUAUCAGUACAGAAACUUUAAAGGACUAUCAAGAUGUCAAGAAGUCGACAAUCAUAGAGUUGUAUGUCAGCAUGGCACAAUUAUCGUGCCACCAAGUUGACUUGGUCAUCGAGGUGAGAAAAGUUAUCUUGCCAAGUUUACAUAAAAAGUAAAUAGGGAGAUUUAAUAUAAUAUCCACAGCAUGCACACACCACAUGCAGUUGGAAGGGAAACUAGGACCCAGCAUCCCUACCUACAGAUCAACAUCCACUUGUGCGCAUGCUGUGGAUAUAAAAUCAGAUCUCGCCAUUUACUUUUUAUUUGUCAACAUGGGGAGAUCUCGCCCUUUCCAUAAAUCAACUUGGCAACAAAUCAUAUCUUGGCAAGCUGACGUACAACUUUUCAUAUGUCGACUUGGCGAGAUAACAUGUCUCACCUAGUCAACAUAUAACUUUGAAGAUAAUGUAUGUUGCUAUAUUGACAUAAUAAUGCUAUUGUGUCGACUUUGAGAGAUAAAUUUUCUUUCCAUCUAAACAUGUCAAUGGUACUUUGAAGAUUCUGUAUCUCUAUGGCUUGAUACGAGGAAGGGUGCCUUUCACAAUGCUGUUCUUAAAGGUACAAUUGACCUUCCAAACAACUUCUAAGUAUUUCAUUUGAUAUUAAGUAAAAGGGAAAUUUUACUUAAUAUCAAAUUUUAUUUUUUUUUUACUUAAAAUAUUAAUGUUAGCAUAAUAUAGAUUUAUUAAUAAUGAUAUAGAUCUAUUUAUAAUUACAUUUUGGGGAUAAAAGUUUAGUCUACCCCCUGCAUAUUUCAUAUUAAGGUUGGAUCAUCAAGAAAUUUGAUUUGCUGUCCAUAUUCACAUUGUUCACAAAGUCAUUUGUAAUGCAAUGAAUAGCCCUGUGAAACGACUCCCAGCUGCCUUGACUAGCACAUGUUUAAUAGGUAUAUCAAGUUUGAUUUAUAUGUAUUAAUAUGGCAAAGAUAAUUUGUGCUUGUGUUACAUAUCAUAGAAUGGCUUCCAACACUUAAAUAAAGUGUGAAAUUAGAUUUAUAACGAGUGCAUAUUUUUUGCAAAGUAUUCAAUAAUGAAGAAAAACGUGUGUGCAGGCUCAUGUGGUGGCCUUAAAAUUAGAUAUUUGUAGGUAAGAGAAUGUAUUUUGAAUGGAAGAAAAUUUGUAUUAUUGCCAAAUUAUUGAAUUGCUUUUUUGAUGAGGUCACAAUUACACAGGUUAUACAACUGUGUAAUGUUGUCUCGUGAAUGUCUGCAACAUCAGAAUUUUUUUCUUUUAGAAGAAAUUGGCUAUGAUUUAUGUUGAAUUUAUGCUUUUUCUGUACUUUGUCAAUCAAAUUGAAAGCUUUGUAAGCUAUGCUUUUAAUAACA